UGUUCAUGUGCACGCAAACCUGUUUUUAUAUAUCGGUAUAAAAAGCAUAAGGUGCUAAAAAUCUUGCCUGACCCAGUUGUGCAGCGUAAGCACAAUGGAGUCGCUCAGCCACGCCGCUCUACUGAUCAGCUUUUUAGCGUUUGCUGAUGUUGCGUUCGGUCAAGAAAGCCAGCAGCUUAGCUACUUGCUAAGCGGUCGACGCGGCUUUGGUGAUGAAAGUGGACUUGAAGUUGGACCUCGCCGAUACGUCUUCGAAGGUGGAAACGCGCUUAGUGCUGCCAGUGACGUCAGUUUUCCAUACGGCACAGCUCGCCUUGCUAUUGUGCCAGGCGGAUUUGAAAGAGAAUAUGGAGGCCGAGUGGAGGACGUUGAAAACCUUGGUAACAGCGACACUAUUCCAUACGGACGGCCCAAGCUUUCUGGUCGCAAAACUAUUGUUAUUUUGAUUCGCCGACGACGUCCAUGGUCGCAAGGCGGCAGUGAAUUAGAAGAUGGCGGAGGAAGAUGGGGAAGGCCGGACUACGAUUAUCCUUCAGAUGAUCAGACCGCAAGCGAGAGGCGAAGAGCAAGGCGUGCCCUUCUUCGUAUAGUUCUAAGCAAAUUACUGCUCGCAGCGGCUAGGCGGAGCUUGGCGAGAGAUGGAAGUGACGAGGACGAAGGCCGUGGUUCUCGUUCCGAGCAACCAUGGGGUCACAGUGAACGAGGUUGGAUAUCAGGAUGGCGCUUUGGCGAAGGAAGUGACUUUGGCUCCGCAGAUUCAUAUGAUGGCCGUUCAAGCCGCUGGACACGAGGAGGCCUUGGUGGUGAAGGUGGUCGCGUGUUGCUGAGAAUCAUGAGACCAAACAAAGGAGAGAGUGGUGGCAUCAUCCUGUUAGGUAGUGGACGGGGUCCUCAAAGUGGCGCAAGGUGGUCCCCAAGCGAAAAUAUUGAAGGGACCUCGGGCAGUAUUCCCGCAGGCAGCAGCGAAGAAAGUGCACCUAUAAGCGACACCGCAAGUAGUAAUACCGGUUACGGCAUUGUGAGAAAUAUGGGAAGCAUCAUUCUUGGGGCACAAGGACAUCCGUUUGCCGCACUGCCUAGCUUGCUUCGUGGAAGACUAGCUGGCUCAAGAGGCUUUGGGGGUUCAAGCGAGAGUGUCACAGCUCAACCAUCGACAUGGCUGGGAUCUAACAGCUUCCAGCAGCUGCCGAAUUCAGCUGGACAUGACAAUGAAGACAUCUCAUAUGGUGGCAUGGGGAGAAACUACUAUCCAGUGUAUGGUCCCCGUCUAUUCUAUAGGUUUCCACAAUAUAUUACACCAAGUGGCCAGGCCAGCAGCCCCAGUGGAAACUUCGAUGGCAGUUUUGGGGGUUCACCUGUUACGGCACUCAGCACGCCCAUCAAUAGCAGGUACAACUCAGCAUUAGAGGAAAUGCCUGGCGUAAAUCCGAUGAACCCAAGCGAAUUGAAUGUACCAUCUAGCGUCAGUAAUGCUGCUGAUGGAAGCUCAAAUAUUGCGAACGCUCCAUUGUCACAAAAAAGCUAAAAUCAAGCUAUCUUUUGUCGAGCUUACAUAAAGUCCUCAAACACACUUUGAAUACAAUGCUGUUGCUGUUUCAUCAGUCCUCCAAAAUUGAACGUGACCCCUGCUGUUACAUGUUGUUUUAAAAUUAUCUUGGAAAGCCUUGGUUGAAAAUGUAAAAUGGGUGUGCUUUGUUGUUAUUCGUAUGAAUUGUUUGUUUAUAUUAACUAUAUUUUUCUGCAAGUUGGAUAUAAAGUAAACCAUCAGUCA